GACUACCAGGACUGUACAGUAACCAUUCCCAGUGAGGACGAGCGGUGGGAGUGGAGCUCCGCUCAAAGGCGACUGGACCACCGGGAGGAAAGACUCGUCCAGUAGCUCAAGUUAGCUGGCUAACUUGCUGCUAGCUAAUCUAUUAAACCUUUUUUUUUUAAAAACAUGUUUACUCUCCGGGAUGGUUGCAGAGUCGACGGGUUGUGGCCAUGACGUUCGCUGUUGAUGUUUCCCAAAAGCCUUGAGUUAUGCUCUCACGAAAGAAAAGUAAAAAAGAAGCGUCGAAACCAGCCGAGGUACACGGGAAAUAUGUGAAGAAGGAAACGUCGCCGCUCCUGAGAAAUCUUAUGCCAUCAUUCAUCCGCCAUGGACCCACUAUUCCCAGACGCACAGAGGUCCCUCUGCCAGAUAUGGGGCCCUCUUCCUACCCUGUGCCACCCACCCGGGAGCCUGUUGUGUCCCGCAACAAGAGCUUUCUCCGUGCCCCUGUGCAGAGGCCUCCUCACGAGGUGGCCCGCAGAGAGAGCCACCGCAUGUCUGCACCUCCGUACCUGCCUCGCAGUCUGGGAGACCUGCCUCACGAGUACGGAGGCUCCUCACAGUCUUUUCUCACAGACGUGAUCCCCAUGUCUGAGAACGGAGAUGCUGCCCGGUAUUACUACCCCUCUGAACCUUACUAUGACAACCAACAGCACCAACAGCACCAACAGCAGCAGCAGCAGCAGCAGCAGCAGCAGCAGCAGCAGCGCCAGCCCAUGAGGGUCCCGGACCGCUUUCCUGAGGACUAUAGAUACUAUGAGCACAAUGAACACAACUUCCAAAGACUUCCACGACAACACACCCCCCCAGCUCCAAGCAGACCCCCUUCAGGCAUAGGUCGAAUACAGGCCAAGUCUCUGGGGAACCUCUCCUGUCUAACGGGAGAGGACAUCCCCCUUCCGGGCGGCUGGACCGUUGACUGGACCAUCCGUGGCAGGAAGUACUACAUCGACCACAACACGAACACUACACACUGGAGCCACCCUCUGGAGAGGGAAGGGCUCCCUCCGGGCUGGGAGAAGGUGGAGUCGGCUGAGUUUGGGGUCUACUACGUGGAUCACAUCAACAAGAGGGCCCAGUACCGACACCCCUGUGCUCCGAGUGUGCCUCGCUAUGAUCAGCCUCCACCGUUACCGCCUCCUGUGACCUAUCAGCCACGUCCUGAGAGGAACCAGCCGGUGCUGGUGCCCGCCAACCCGUACCACACAGCAGAGAUCCCAGACUGGCUGCAGGUGUACGCCCGGGCCCCUCUCAAGUAUGACCACAUCUUGAAGUGGGAGUUGUUCCAGCUGGCAGACCUGGACACGUAUCAGGGCAUGCUGAAGCUGCUCUUCAUGAAGGAGCUGGAACACAUCGUCAAAUCCUACGAGGCGUACCGGCAGGCGCUGCUGUCGGAGGUGGAGGCUCGCAAACAGCGGCAGCAGUGGUAUGCCCAGCAGCCCAACAAGAACUUCAUUGGGAACAUGUGAUGUGUGCGUGUGUGUGUGUGUGUGUGUGUGUGUGUGUGCGCGUGUGUGUGCGUGUGUGUGUGUGCAGCGGGGGACGUUGUGCUGCCACUCCUCUCUGAGGUUGCCACAGUUUGGGAGCGGUCAGGGUUUCCUUUGAAAUCACGAUGGACUCUUAAUUGCCUCUUUACCAAACACAUCUGUGCCUUUGCUUGAUCCAAAUAUAUCAGCCAGGAACCCCCCUCCCCCUCCCCUCCAUGUGACAGUCAAUCUAUGAAUGACCUUGUGACUGAAAAACACUCCAAUGAAGAAGAAGAAUAACCUAUAAUGUGCUACAUCUGGGGAGACUCGUGGUGCCGUUUACAGCCACUGCCCUGAGAACUGAGUUCUGGGUUUCUGCUUUUAAGACUGAGGAGAACAGAGUCUGAAAAGCUACGGAUAUUUGUUCAAAAACAUCCUGAGAUUGUGCCUUUUUUCUUUUUUUAAAUAAAAUAAAACGCAGCAAUUUUAAUACACCAGCUACUCCGUCAUUAUUUCCUGUUGGAGAAAAUGGCCGGCAGCUUAAUGUAAUUUGUUUCUAUAUGAAAUACUUCAUGAAUAUUUCUUUCCUUUGCUUUGAUACCUUCAUAAAAUGAAACCACACUUUUACAUUAAAUAAAAAGUGCAUUUUUUUUUCUCUUUUUUUUUUUUAUGACAUAUCCUUAAUAAGACAAUCCACCAAAACUUUCACAGAUAUUUAAGUUUUGAUAUGAAAUGAGACGUUUUGUUGGAUAACAUUUGAUGCAGUGGUUUGUGCAUCUUGUGGCUCUCGGCAUUACUGUAAGUCAGGAAUAUGUGUGUAAAAUGAAACAUAAAUAAGCUACUGGAACUUUACAAAAACACAUCAGAAGACACACCAAGUUUGCCAAACAAGUGCAAUUCAGCUUCUCCUUGUUCUGUUCUUUUGGGAUGUUUCCUGCCUCGGUAAUGCCUUGUUUUUAUGGACUCGCUCGUCUCUUCUGUGGAAGAAAUGAUCACUAAUCAAUCAGCCUAAGCCGUCUUAAGAUACUCCGAAUUUGUUUAUGCUUUAGGGUUUGUCUAGUAGAAACUUAUCUUCACAGUAAAAAAAUAUAUAAACAGUUUUGAUGGGGAUCUGUUUACGACGGUGAUUACAAAUCCAAACAUUUCUGAAUGUCCUCGGAUGGUUUCUGAUAAGUCGGCAGUGGAGUAGGUUUGUAAGAACGAGUCCUUCACUAUGCAAGAAGGUCUCAAUCACUUCUUUUCACAAACAGUGGCAUCACUUUGUACAUUUCUGAUUUUGUGGAUUGCAAAUACAGAACAAGCAAUAAAGUCUGCAGUGAAGAAAACAACUUUUCUGGAUGUA